CAACGCUACCGUGAGUCGCCAGUCGCAACAAUGUCCGGGAAGGCGAAGGAGACAGGUACGACGGAGACUUCGUUAGGUGGGCUGCAGGUAUCGCCGGGCGGGAGUACCUCUGGAGGGGAUGGAAGCAGCCACCUCUCCCCGGAUACAACUUACAAUGUUUACGAGACCAGGUAUCAGAGGUCCCUGCGCAACUAUCUGACGAGGGAAACGCUGCCCAGUGAGGCCCAUUACCGCAACCUCGAAUCUGUGGUUGGAUACCAAAGGCCCACCAUCGACGAGCUGCACCAGAACACUGUCAACGAGAGAGAGCGACAACAGGGGAUAGACGCAGAAGCCGCCGCCGCCAACCCACGUGGCAAAGUUAUCAAGUUCGGAUGGCUGGAGGGAGUCUAUAUGCGAUGCCUCCUCAACAUCUGGGGCGUCAUGUUGUUCCUCAGGGUGUCAUGGGUGGUGGGCCAGUCUGGCAUCAUCCUGGCACUCUUGACGGUGAUCCUUGGAAACGUUGUCACCACUCUUACCACCUUGUCCAUGUCUGCUGUGGCCACCAACGGGCGAAUCCAAGCCGGUGGUGUCUACUACAUGAUCUCCCGCUCCCUUGGGCCUGAGUUUGGUGGCUCCAUUGGGCUCAUGUUCACCUUAGCUAACUCCAUCGCAGCUGCCACAUAUAUCAUUGGUUUCUGUGAUUCCCUCCAGGAUUUGAUGUUCUUCUACUUUGAUGGUGCUAAGAUUGUGGACGGCGAAGUGAAUGAUACACGUAUAGUGGGCACAAUCACCCUCAUAUGUGUGCUGGCACUAGCCAUUGUGGGCAUGGAUUGGGUCACCAGGGUCCAGAUGGGUUUGCUGUUCCUGCUGAUUGGUUCACAGAUUGACUUUGUGGUUGGUGCCUUCAUUGGUCCCCAAAAUGACCUGCAGAGGGCCCAGGGCUUCAUUGGCCUUAGCUCGGAGGUCAUGGCCAAGAAUGUCGGUCCGGAUUAUCGAGAGUUUGAGAAUAGAGGACAGAACUUCUUCUCAGUGUUCGGCGUGUUCUUCACCGCAGUGACGGGCAUCGUGGCUGGGGCAAACCUUUCUGGAGAUCUCAAGGACCCUGCAGAAGCUAUCCCCAAAGGAACACUGGCAGCCAUCUUAACCACCUUCUGCACCUACAUCAUCUACCCCAUCAUGAUUGGAGCAGCCGUGCUGAGAGAUGCCACAGGUGACAAAGAUGUGUAUGUGAUGUACCAGAACCUCAGCAUUGACGAAAAUCCGGCAUUCACAAAUUGUAGCUUGAUCGGCAAAGUUGACAAUGGAACCCAAGUGUGUCCAUUUGGCCUCCAGAACAGUUUUCAGGUGAUGGAGCUCAUGUCUGCCUGGGGACCUCUGAUCUACGCUGGGUGCUUUGCUGCCACACUCUCCUCAGCCAUUGCCUCCCUGGUGGGUGCCCCCAGGGUGCUGCAGGCGCUGGCCAAGGACAAACUCUAUCCUGGCAUCUUCAUGUUCUCCAAGGGUACCGGUGCCAACAACGACCCUGUGCGUGGUUAUGUCCUAGUCUUCGUCAUCUCCUUUGUCUGCAUCAUGAUUGGUGACCUGAACGUUGUCUCCACCCUGCUCAGUAACUUCUUCCUGGCAUCGUACAGCCUCAUCAACUUCUCCUGCUUCCAUGCUUCACUCAUCAAGUCUCCUGGAUGGCGGCCCAGUUUCAAGUAUUACAACCUGUGGAUCAGUUGGGUUGGUGGAAUCUUGUGCCUGAUUGUGAUGUUCUUAAUUGACUGGGUUACCGCACUCAUCACUUUCCUCAUCACCGUCGCUCUCUACCUCUUUGUGUCCUACCGCAACCCCAAUGUCAACUGGGGAUCAUCAACACAGGCACAGACUUAUGUGUCGGCCCUCAAGACCACCCUGGACUUAAACAGCAUCGAGGAGCAUGUCAAGAACUACCGGCCACAGAUUCUGGUGCUCAGUGGUCCUGUGGGCUCCAGGCCACCACUCAUUGACUUUGCCUACAGCAUCACCAAGAACAUUUCCCUGCUUGCCUGUGGUCAUGUCAUCCAGGGCCCCCAGACUCAGCGCCUGCGUAACUCCCUCACCCGGCAGUCUUACAACUGGCUUACCCGUCACAGCAUCCGUGCUUUCUACUCACUUGUGGAGGGGAGCAACUUAGAGGAUGGUGCCAGAAACCUCUUCCAGCUUGUGGGUCUGGGUAAGCUGCGUCCCAACACUGUUGUCCUCGGCUACAAGGCAAACUGGCGCAAGUGUGACCCCUUGGAGCUCAAGGCAUAUUUCAACACCCUGCAUGAGGCUCUGGACAUGUACUUUGGUGUGGUGAUCCUCCGUGUGCCUCAGGGCCUGGACUACUCCCAGAUCAUUGAAGAUGAGGACUCCCCCAUCACCAUGAAUGGCAAUGAGAGUGCCAUCACCCAGUCACCUGAAGAUAAGCCAGGACAGUCCACUGCCAACCAGCUCACGCAAGAGGUGGCAAAAUUGCUUGGCACACUAAACUUUAACACCCGGAGUACAUACUAUCGCGUCUUUAGGAGGAAGAAAAUACGUCAAACUGGUCGAGAUGGAACAGACAGCGAGGCAUCGAGUCCCCCAGGAUCCCCUCAGGUAGAGCGCUCGGCAGCCACGACGGAUGCCAACGGGGAGAACAGCAAGAAGCGACGCACCUCCAUGGCCAACUUGUUCCGAGGUCCAGGAGGUACCGAACUGAGCAAGGAUGUCCUCAACAAUAUCACCAUGUUCAAGAGGAAGCAGAAGAAGGGCACCAUUGACGUGUGGUGGCUGUAUGAUGAUGGUGGCCUGACGCUGCUGGUGCCCUACAUCCUCACCACGCGCUCCCAGUGGUCUGGGUGCAAGCUGAGAGUGUUCGCACUAGCCAAUCGCAAGGAUGAGCUGGACAUGGAGCAGAGGAGCAUGGCCAACCUGCUCGCCAAGUUCAGAAUAGACUACAGCGAUGUGAUUGUCAUCCCUGAUGUGGCCAAGAAGGCUGCCGAGUCUUCCCGCAUGGAGUUUGACCAGCUGAUUGAGGACUUCAGGACCAAGGACGAGGUGGACAAGGAGAAUGACGGACUCAUGAUCAGUGAGGCAGAGUUCCUGGGGCAGAGAGAGAAGACUAAUCGCCACAUCCGUCUAAGGGAGUUGCUACUUGAAAACUCCAGAGAUUCUUCCCUUGUCGUGAUGACGCUGCCGAUGCCCCGCAAGACGUCUGUGUCAGCCCCACUGUACAUGGCCUGGCUGGAAACACUCACCCGCGACAUGCCUCCCUUCCUCCUCAUCCGCGGCAACCAAACCUCCGUUCUCACCUUCUACUCAUAAUGGACAUAUGUGAAAUUUUUUUAUUAGGAUUUUAAGGUUCAAAUGUGAAUGAAUGUUGCUGAUUGCUUUGUACAAUAACAGUGUCUUUUACACGCAGAAAAUUGUGUGUGUGAGUGUGUGUGUGUGUGUGUGUGUGUGUGUGUGUGUGUGUGUGUGUGUGAAUGAGUGACUUUUAGAAAUGAACUCUUUGGGAUACGUUCAUGCAACAGUUUUUAAUUUUUUUUUAUAAAUGCUUCAUUAAUACAAAUAUACAAUAUUUGUCAUUAGUAGUAUUAGCACAAUUCUGUUUAAGCAAAUUACUAGCGUUUCAUUUUGUACAUUCCAUGAGUGAUGAGUGAGAAAGAUCAUAUCAUCUCAUACUGUCUUCUGAUUUCUCCAAAAUACUCCCACAAAGAUUCUUAAUUACAAAAGUUUGACAAUCUGAAGCACAUAUCAGACCAGAUCAAGGCACAAAAAGUGAAAUAAUGACCAGUGUUAUUUUUUAAUGUGUAUAAAAGUGUAGUUGAUUUUGAAUUGCCAAUACUGUUAAGUUCCCAGGUGUGUUGGUGAACUGUGAGGCUCUGAACACCUGGCAGCGCGAACCAUCAUCCCAUAGUUCAGUUUUGUUUGUAGUGAAGACACGUACUGAAAUUGGAAAGUGGAACAUGUAUUCAUACUUUUCGUAAACCUGAAACAUUCCUUAAUUGAAGAGUCGUGUAGUGGCAUCAGUGCUCCCCACUCUCUGUUCAUGGUCACAGUAUUAUACAACAUGAAUACAACAACUAUCUCUUAAUUGCCUGAAAAUGGGAGAAAAAUGUGUAAGGUAUACAGUAAGUUGUAGCUUAAUAUCUUGUACAUUGAAAGAGAAUGAAAAUUGGCAAAUUGGAGGCAGACUGUAAAAGGUAAACAGGUAGUGAUCAAUUAUAUGCAUUGCAAUAAACACAAAAUAAAAAUAUAAAAGAUAAAAGUUAAAAAUAUAGUUUGCUGUCACUUCUAAAGAGGAAAAAUGCAUUGGUUCUGAGGUUGUACACUUUAUUUUCCAUUGCCUUGAGCAACACCAGUGUCAUUCUGUGCCUGAACUCAAAGUGGUGAGUAAGAGUGAUGCCAAACAUGGUUAGAGUGACUCAUCAUAUUUAGCUUGUGCUUGUAGUAUGAGGUCAGUGCAGGAACAUGCAUAUUUUUCUGGACUCAGUGGGAUUUACCUAGGUGGUGUUGAUCUUUAUAAUGUCCCAGUAAUGCAGAAUCUUGUAAAUAUUUCAUAUAAUUGUUACGAAUCAUUUAUUUCAUUGACCUUGCUAGUGUACGUAUGUAGCAUUCAACAUGUUUUAUUACAGAUUCAAUAAAUUUAGGGGUUUUACUUUAAGUUUGUAAAAAAAUGAAAAAACAGGAGAAAUGCACAAAAGUUUUUGGAAAAUAUCAUGAAGUUAUAUUUCUUCCUUUUUCUGAAACAGAGAAUUUGUAUAACACUUAUCAUCUGUGGUUAGUAUAUUCUGUGAUACAGUGAGCAGUGCCGCGGCGAGGCAGCGCCAGCACUGGGCUGCCAGGGAGUGCAGUGCCUCACCCUGCAUCACAGAGGCAUGGUGUGCCAUGCUCCACAUUCCUCUCCACUGCCAGCACCUUGGCAGCCUGGCACGGCACGCACACCACACUGUCUUGCCGCCACGCCCCAAAUAUACGAAUACAGCUGUGAAUGCGGAUAUAACUACGAACCAAGCUGUAGCGAUAGGUGAGCCUUAUUAGUACAAGGUUCUGUCAUGUCAGAGAAGGUGCCUUUGAUUCUGUGAUGAAUGAUCAGGGAAAUGUUUCUCCUUGUUGUUGGAUCUCUAGAACAUUGUCAUUACGCAGGGUUAUUUGUAUCGGCCGAACAGGAAGGCUCCCCUCCUCUGGUCCCCCCCCAGUUUUAAGGGGGCGGCCAGAGAGGGGAAGGUUUCUGUCUGGAAUGGUUCAUCCUUCCCAAGUUGAAUCGUCUAGAGUUACUUUGUUUUAUAUUAAUAUGUUGAAGUGUUUGCUAACUGUCAUGUUUUUCAUUAAUGUGGAUUUGUCCUCCAUUGACUGUAGUUAUUAAUUUGGUUCGUCUUAGGUGGGCUGGGCUCUUGUUAACACUGAUCCUGUAUUAUUAUUAUUAUUAUUAUCAUUAUUAUUUCCUAAAGAACUUACACAAUAAAAAGACAGUUUAAUUUGUAAUAGAAAGACGAAGUCUGUUUACUUCUUAAAUAUAAGUUUUAAUCAACUUGCAUAUCUUUUCAUUACUUAAAUUAUUUGAGGCUUAAUACUUUAGUUAAACUACAAAGAAGAGUUGCUGCAUUUGGUGAAUGUAAAUUGUUAGGCAGUGCUAACCAAAUAAAUUAUAUUUUUGAAAAA